GAGAAGUGUGACGUCUGUCUGUCCCGGUGUUAUGUCAUGAUGAAAGUGAACGAGGUGAGUUUAUGACAGACACGCAUAGACAACACAGACGUUUAAAUGUUUUAGCAGCAGUAACGUUCAUCUGAGGGGAUAAUUUAGCUAUUUAAGGACGCACUCGAAAGAGAGAAGAAGGAUCUCAGUGACAUUUGAAAAAGAUAUUCUUUUUGUGGGUCCACCACCACCACCAUCAUCAUCAUCAUCAUCAUGGUGGAGAUAAAGAGUUACUGUGAAGCGGGAGUCUCCAUGCAGCAUGUCUGGGUGGAGGGUGGUCUGACUCUCUGCUUCUACUUCACCCUGGUGCCAUCCGUCCUCCUCACCCUCUCCUUCCUCUUCGGCACUUUUCUGUGUAUAUGCUACAGACGCUAUGGCACAGACAUGGAGCCCAAGUUCAUCCCUCGCUCUCGACUUUACCGGCUCCAAGUGGGCCUGUCGGUGCUGCUCGUCCUGCAGGCUCUGGGCUGGAUGGUGUUUCGAAUCAUUCGGAGCGGAGAGCUACCGGGAUACGUGGUUCUGUCUGGCUGUCUCUCCAUGCUGGGCUGGAUUUGGGCCAUGGCCCUGCUGCAUCUGGAGAGGAGGAGGGUUCUGGUGCGGGACAGAACCAGAGGACACAGUACGGUACUGUUGCUGUACUGGGCCGUAGCAUUUGCGGCUGAAAACCUGGCGUUUGUGUCUUGGAUGAGCCCUCAGUGGUGGUGGACUCUGGAAAAGUCUGAUCAACAGAUGGAGUUUGCUUUCUGGCUAGUUCGAUACUUCACCUCAGGAUUGUUGUUCCUGUUAGGCCUCAAAGCUCCAGGCUUGCCACGCCGACCGUACAUGCUUCUGGUCAAUGAAGACGAGCGAGAUGUGGAGCACAGUGUACCACUCUUGGGUAAUUCUGAUGAGAAUCAGUCUACUUGGAAAGAUUUUGGGAAGAAGGUGCGUCUGUUGGUGCCGUACAUGUGGCCUACAGGCAAUGCUCUGCUCCAGCUGCUAGUUCUGCUUUGUCUCGGGAUGCUGGUAGUGGAGCGUGUCAUCAAUGUGUUUGUACCCAUCUACUACAAGAACAUAGUGAACCAGCUGACAGAUGGGAGCUCUUGGAAGACUCUGGCAACUACAGUGUGUGUUUACGGGCUCCUGAAGUUCCUGCAGGGAGGUGGAGCUGGUGCGUCUGGGUUUGUGAGUAACAUGCGCUCGUUCUUGUGGAUUCGUGUGCAGCAGUACACUAACCUCGUGGUCCAGGUGCGUCUCUUCGCUCAUCUGCACUCUUUGUCUCUGCGCUGGCACCUGGGUCGCCGCACAGGGGACGUCCUGAGAAGCAUCGACAGAGGAACCUCAUCUAUCAACAGCCUGCUGAGCUACAUCGUGUUCAGCAUCUUCCCCACUAUUGCUGACAUUGUCAUCGCCAUUGUGUAUUUCAUAUCCAAUUUUAAUGCGUGGUUUGGCCUCAUAGUCUUCGUUUGCAUGGCCCUCUACCUCACUCUCACUAUUGUAAUCACUGAAUGGAGAACGAAAUACAGACGAGAUAUGAACACACAAGAUAACAAUGCCAAAUCGAAAGCUGUGGACUCUUUAUUGAACUUUGAGACAGUGAAAUAUUACAAUGCAGAGUUUUAUGAAGUAAGACGCUUUGAGGAUGCUAUCAUGAAAUAUCAGGUAUCGGAGUGGAAGACCAACGCCUCUCUGGCGUUCUUAAAUCAAACGCAGAACCUCAUCAUCGGUUUGGGUCUUUUGACCGGAUCUCUGCUCUGUGCAUACUUUGUGACAGAGGGAAAGUUUCAGGUAGGAGAUUAUGUGCUGUUUGGGACAUACAUCAUCCAGCUGUACACGCCUCUCAAUUGGUUUGGAACAUAUUACAGAAUGAUCCAGAACUCGUUCAUUGAUAUGGAAAGCAUGUUCACGCUCUUCACUGAGGAAGAAGAGGUGAAGGAUGAUGUCAACGCAGGAAACCUCAACUACACACAGGGAAAAGUAGAGUUUGAGAAUGUCUUCUUCAGCUACACGCAAGGCAAGGAGAUUCUAAAAGAUGUCUCUUUUACCGUACUUCCCGGUCAAACAGUUGCACUUGUUGGACAGUCUGGAUCAGGAAAGAGCACCAUCAUUCGUCUGAUUUUCCGUUUUUAUGACGUUCAGGGAGGAUGUAUAAAGAUAGACGGCCAAGACAUCUCAAAGGUGAAGCAGUCCUCUCUGCGUGCUCACAUUGGCGUCGUCCCUCAGGAUACCGUCCUGUUUAAUGACAACAUUCGAGACAACAUCCGCUACGGUCGAGUUACUGCUACUGACCAGGAGGUGGAGGAGGCUGCGAUUGCCGCUGACAUCCAUGACAAAAUCAUAACCUUCCCAGAUAACUAUGACACUCAGGUGGGUGAGAGGGGGCUAAAGUUGAGCGGAGGAGAGAAGCAGAGAGUCGCCAUCGCUCGCACCAUCCUCAAAGCGCCACAAAUUAUCCUCCUUGAUGAGGCUACAUCUGCUCUAGACACACAGACUGAGCGAAAUAUUCAGGCCUCACUGGCUAAAGUCUGCACCAACAGAACCACCAUUGUGGUGGCACACAGAUUGUCGACUGUCAUUGGAGCUGAUGUGAUCCUUGUACUUCGUGAUGGACAGAUUGUGGAGAGAGGAAGGCAUGAGGAGCUAUUGGAGAAGGGAGGCCUGUACUCUGACAUGUGGCUGAAACAGCAGCAGGCGCAGGAUUCAGACUCGGCUUCUGACACGGAGACGAAAGACAGGAAAUCUGAGAAACUACAGCCACAAACAUCCACUGCAGGACACAAGGGACAUUAGACACUUUGUGUGUAUUUUAAGCUCGUCCAAUGCUGUUUUGACAUGUUAGAUGAUAAUUAUUCAAUAUCAUAUUAUGUUUUUGCAAGUUCUUAAAAGUGGUACAUAUUGCCUAAGGAUUUAUUUAUUUAUUUAAGUCCAAUUUGAUAUUUCUUUGCAAUUACUUCCCACUCUUUUCCCUUAAAGUGCAUUUAUAUCACUAAUUAAUAUGGCCAUAAAUGAGAGGGUAAUAAGCUGUUACUGUGCAUUAUAUACUCUGACAGUGAUGGCUCCUUUCACUAGUAUAACUUUAUUAUGCUGAAUGUACAAUGGGUUUAUUUUAUUUUAACCUGCCACUUAAGUGGAUUUCUCCGGUUGCAUUGGUAAUCUGAUGCUUCUGAUUUGCUGUUGUUUGUAAUAGAGAACAUUUGAAAACUGCUUGUAAUUGUAAAUAUGAUCUACACCGGAACAGAUUGUAAUUGAAUUUAGUUUGAAAGUAAAUAAUUAUAUUUCUGGUGUUUACAUUUAGGAUUAAGUUAUAUGCAGAGGGGAAAAAAAUCUUCUUUUUAAUAUUAAUUUCUGACAUAUUAUGUGCACAUUUGCCUGACUUUUUUACUUUGUUUAUGAUCAUGUGUGUGUUUUAAGAUCAUUUUCUUAUGCUGUAUAUGUGGAGUGUUAGUUAUUGUGUAGAUGCAAUAGAUUUCUGUACUGUACAACUUCAGUUCAACUAAAGGGACAAAGCUUCCUCAUUUUAUAGGACUGACACUAAACUCAGGGGACAAGGUUGAAAUGAGCCAUUGGGAUGUGUGUUUUUUUCACUCAUAUGUAAAUGGCUUGACAAAAAAAGCGUUUUAGGACAUUUGUAUUGAUUAUUCAAAGAAUUUGUGACUGACAGAAUUUGCCUUGGAUAAAAUAGCUCAGUGGUAAAUGGAUAAAGUCAGAUUUUUUUGUAUGUAUUUUACUGUACUGUAAAGACAAAAAGGGCUUAUGUUUAUAAUAAUAUGAUCUUUCUGAUUGUUGAUCACAUUAUUCUGUGCAUAAAAUAUUGUGUGUACAUUAAAAUACUAUACAUAUUGCCUUUAGCAUAAAUUUUGUUUAGAAAUAAAAAUAUGUACAAUAAUAAUAACAAUAUUUUGUUUAUUACUAUUGUUAUAUUGCUAUUAUAUUUUAUUAUAAAUCAUCAGUGCUGAUCAUAUAGACUCGAGGGCAGCAUUUUGUGAUUAGUCUGUACUUAUAUCUGUAAAGAAUUGUGUAGUAAAACUAUUAUAAUAAUAAAUAAAAUAUAAGCAUUAUUGUA